AUUCCAAGAACCCCUCGUCAGAAUUUCCGAUAUGCGACAUUAGGCGACUUUGGUCUUUACACAAUAUCACGGGUUACGAACGCCAUGGCGAUAGAAUUCUCGGUUACUAAGACGAUCUUGUCUGCGGUGACACUUGGUGUCAUUUACACCAUUUCAAUACUACUCUACAAUGUAUUCCUGCAUCCCCUCAGAAAAUACCCUGGCCCGCUGUUGGCCCGCGCCACCAUUGCGACCAUGCAGAAGCAGCAGCUAGACGGGGCAUUUCCUCGCUGGAUGCACGAACUUCACCUCAGAUACGGGCCUGUUGUCCGUUAUGCGCCUAACGAACUGUCCUAUAUCGAGAGCGACGUAGUCAAGAGCGUCUAUGGGCACGGGAAAUCCGAUUUCCAGAAACAAUCGGUUUUCUAUGGCAAAGAUCUAUACGGCAGCCCGCCAGGUAUGAUUCGAGCCAACAAAGAGUCCCAUGCUCGACAGCGAAAAUUGGUGUCGCAUGCAUUCAGUGACAAGGCUUUGCGCGAUCAAGAAGACAUUUUCAAGCACUACGUCGGACUCCUCCUCAGUAAACUCAAAGAGCGUGCGGCAGAGAAGAAGCCAGUGGAUAUGGUAAAAUGGUACAAUUUCACCACUUUCGAUAUUAUGGCCGAUCUCACAUUUGGGGAGCCGCUGGGUCUGUUGGAAGGAUCCGAGUAUACGGAAUGGGUAGCUGCACUAUUCGGUCACAUGAAGACCAUUACGAUAAGCAGCGUGAUCCGACGUUGGGAACUCCUCGAAACAUUGUUUCAGAAAAUGGUGCCGCGCAAGCUCAAAGAGAAGCAAAAACUUCACUUGGCACAUUCCUCUACUCGUGUUGAUAAACGACUUGCGCGCGAGACUGACAGACCGGAUAUUUGGACAUAUGUCACACGUCAUAUGGGGAAAGACUCUGGAGAAUCAUUGUAUCCCAGUGAGAUGCAUAGCAAUGGCGCGCUUUUCAUGCUAGCUGGUACAGAAACGACAGCAACCGAGCUUAGUGGUAUGACCUACCAUCUCUUGAAAGACCCGUCCAAAAUGGCUCGUUUGGUAAAAGAGGUUCGGGGCGCUUUCAACUCUUCCGACGAUAUCGAUUUGAUCAAUAUUACCCAAUUGGAAUACCUAAAUGCGUGCAUUGAAGAAGGCUUGCGGAUAUACCCGCCAGUACCCACGAAUUUGCCACGUCAAGUUCCCAUCGGUGGCGCGACAGUGAAUGGGGAGUGGGUACCCGGAGGGACAGUUGUAUCUCUUGCACAGUACGCGUCUUACCACAGCGAGAUCAAUUUCAAGAACGCCGACUCAUUCAUCCCCGAGCGUUGGAUACCUGAGGGUCAAAAGGAGUACGGCUCUGACCACAAACACGUAUUCAUUCCCUUUUCGCAUGGCCCGCGGAACUGCUUGGGACGCAAUCUGGCUUAUCACGAGAUGCGUUUGAUACUAGCUAGCGUCCUCUUGAACUUCGAUCUUGAACUAGCCGACGAUACGGUCUGGCCUGACCAGAACGUCUACAUUCUGUGGGACAAAAAGCCUUUAAUGAUUAAACUGACGCCUGUUGAGAAGUAA